AUGUCGUCAAACCCAUCCCUAUUGCCCUCUAAUACUACGUCACCUCCUAUAUCGCGCACUUCCAACGACAAAACUCCUCUUCUUCACCGAUAUUCAUCUAUUGAAGACCAAAAUUAUUACCACGCAACAAUCAGCAAUUGUCACUACGCAGGCCAUGUAGUGAGAGACGUCGAGGUACAAAAGCAAGAAACUGAUAUACAGCAGCCGCUCUCAGCACGAGCGAUACUUCAAGAGCUCAAGGUGCUUGUACAAAUAUCCAAUCCAGUUGUCCUGACUUAUAUGCUCCAAUACUCGCUCCAAACAGGAUCUGUCCUUGUGGUUGGCCGUCUAGGACCGGAAGAGCUGGCUGCGUCAGUGUUCGCGUUCAUGUUUGCCACCAUCACUGGAUGGUUAUUAGGCUUAGGAGGAUCUACUGCGCUAGAUACACUCGGCUCACAGUUAUGGGGUGCUUCGACCGGCAAGAUAAAUGAAGAGAGACGGCUCAUGAUGAAUAUAUUGUUUCAACGCGCUUGCAUCGUUCUAAACGUAUGCUUUAUUCCCGUGGCCAUCCUUUGGUAUUUCGUGGACCCCGUCCUCCGACUAUUGGGACAAGAUGCCUUGCUAUGUCAGAUGGUGCAAAGCUUUCUGCGCUAUUCAAUACCUGGGACACCAGCAUAUAUUGGAUUUGAAAUAACCAAAAAGUAUCUUCAAACACAAGAGGUCCUACCACACGCAAGCACGUUGACGCUUCUGGUGUGUUCACCUCUCAACAUGCUCAUUACUUACCUUUUUGUGUACGAAUUCGACCUUGGAUUUAUUGGUGCACCCAUCGCAGCGUCUUUGACGCAUUGGAUUAUGCUCUUUGUCCUACUGGGUAUCAUGUAUGUUGUUGGUGACGGCAAAACUAAGCAAACAAAAUGGGGGCUUUUGCCAAUCCACCGGCGCGCUUUCGAGCAAUGGAAACCUUUCCUUGCACUCGCUAUACCAGGUGUUCUUUCCCUUGGAAGCGAAUAUGCAGCCUUUGAAGUGAUUACUGUCCUUGUUGGCUUGCUUGAUUCUUCUACGACAAUGGCUGCUCAAAGCAUAAUUGUUAUCGCAGACGACAUAUUGUGUACGAUUCCUCUCGGCAUUUCAGUCGCAACCACGACGCGUGUUGGUUAUUGGCUUGGCCGUGGCUUGCCAGGUCACGCAAAAAUGGCAUCGUUUGUUAGCAUUCUUUUUGCAUUGUCUGUUGGAGCUGUCGCUGCCAUUGUGUUACUCGUCACCAAAGACAGCUUUGGAUACCUUUUCUCUAAAGACACCACUGUUGUGGGACUUGUUGGUAAAGUUCUGCCGUAUCUUGUGAUCUUCCAAUUUGUCGAUGGUGUUGCAGGCGCUUCCGGUGGCGCACUCCGAGGAGCUGGCUGUCAGCACUGGUCCGCGUCUGCCAAUUUAAUCGGUUAUUACGCGUUCGCUUUACCACUUGGGGCAUUUCUCUCGUUUGGAUCCGCACAUCUUGGGUUACUCGGACUAUGGGCUGCGCUCUGCGCUGGAUUGUUCGCAAUUGCUGCUAUACAAACAAUCGUUCUUUUACGUAUGAACUGGCAGUGCCAGGUUGAAUUAUGUACUUUACGAUUCAAGAAAUAAACUUAAAAUAUGAGUCCUGAUAAGUGAGAUGAACAAGACUGUUUGGGAAGCAUCAACAAUAAAGCUGGAAAGCAUUACUGUCCUAAAAGACCCAGCUCUAGAACUGCUUAAGACUGAAUGCAAAUCCAAAAGCAUCCGCAUACUGCAACAAAAACAACCAAUAUGAAAGAUACAAGACAGAAGAAAUAUGGCUCGGGAGAAAACCUAGUUUUUUAUUGAAACUAUCUGUGCUUAACGCAAAGUAGAAACUUAUUGAGCAGCGGCAGCAGCGCGUCUGCGGUCACGCUCUUCAGCAAUGGUGAGCUUGACACCCUUACCCUUAGGAAGGGAAAUCCAGGGCUUGUUACCUACACAG